AUGUCUGCGCCCAUAUCGCGACAGCUCGUCGUCUUCGACUUUGACUGGUCUUUAGCAGAUCAGGACUCAGACCGAUGGAUAUUCGAAGUGCUCGCUCCUGAAUUGCGCAGAAAAAUGAAGAUUCUGAAGAAAGAUGUGCAAUGGACCGAUCUCGUUGCAUCUACUCUGCGGGAACUCCAUAAGAAGGGCGGUACACGAGAAGACAUUGAAGGGGCACUGCGAAAGAUGCCAUUCCACCCGGCCAUGGCCCGUGGGGUGACAGACCUCAAAGCUAGGUCUAGCCCGCAAACGACGUUUCUCUGUCUAUCAAACGCGAACGUUGUUUUUAUUACUACCAUUCUCAAGGCCCAGGGCUUGGAUUCUCUCUUCGAAGAAAUCAUAACAAACCCCGCUGAGUGGGACCCGUCCGGUUUGCUCAAGCUACGGAGAAGGAUUGAUCCAGACGGUCCUCAGCACCAGUGCAAAGUGGGUUGCAGCCCUAACAUGUGCAAAGGGGAUGAGCUGGAAGCCUUUUUGGAAAGACAUAAGCCCGCAUUUGAUCGCGUCAUAUACGUCGGAGAUGGAUCCAACGACUUCUGUCCGGUGUUACGUUUGAGAAGCCAAGACAUAGUACUUUGCAGGCGGCACCGGGGCUUGGAGAAGCUCAUAACCCCCUUUGAACAAGAGGGUCGGCUCAACUGCCAAGUCCGAUAUUGGGCCGGUGCUUGGGAAGUGGAGGAGAUCUUCAAGCAAUUUUGA